AUGUCUGACAACGAACAAGAAUUAGCAGAUGAAUUUAAAAUCGAUCACCCACAAUUGAAAAAAAUUCUUGCAUGUUGGUUUGAUCUUGCAUUAGAAAACUAUCUAACAAUUACAGGUUUAAUUCUACAAGAAAAAGCCAAAAAAAUCGCAACAGCACUAAAAAUUCAAAAUUUUGCUACAUCUAAUGGCUGGUUACAAGGUUUCAAAAAAUGGUAUCAUAUUGUUUACACUAUGCAAAGUGGAGAGGCUGCUAAUCCUGUUACAAUAUAUGAUGCAAUUCAGUUUGUUUCACAAGCUUGGAAUAAAGUUUCCAAAGAUAUAAUUAUUCACAUCUGGCAAAAAACAGGAAUUCUUCCUUUUAUAGAAAUUGAUGAACAUCCAGAUGCAGAGCUUUUGGUUGAAGAAAAUAAUAAGGAAGAAGCCGAAUUAGAGAAUCUUAUUACACAAUUUUAA